AUGUCCUCAGGAUUCGUGUCGGCUGGAACCAACGAGCAACCAAUUGACCGAGACGAUGAAUGGUUAAAAGCGCAGCAGGAGCUGGAGGAGGAGCGUCGGCGCAAGGCCGAUAUUGGCCAGCAGAAUGACGGGAAAAGUUUAUUCGAGGUUCUCCAGCAGAACAAAAUGGCGAAGCAGGAACAAUUCGAAGAGAAAACACGCUUGAAGAACCAAUUUCGAUCGCUGGACGAAGACGAGGUGGAAUUUUUGGACUCUGUGCUAGAGUCGACGCGGGCGCAGGAGGCAGCGGUGAAGAAGGACACGGCGGAUCAGCUGGAGGCGUUCCGUAAACACCGCGAGGAAGCUGAGAAGUCGGCACUAGGCCCAACUUCAUCGGACGUCACACCGGCGGAGGAGGAGGAAUGGUCUAUACCUGCACGCAAGAGACGGCGUGAAAAAAAGGACCUGCUACUUCCUGGCAAAAAGCGCAAGUCCUCCACCGCGGAACCCAGCCCUGAGGACACCAAGACAGAACAGUCCGCCAAGGGUAACACGCCCGCUACAAAGGCGGAUAAUUCCUCGAAAUCUACUUCAUCAAAUACCUCCGACCCCAAGGCAUCCGAUAUAUCUGCGAAGACUGCGUCGGCAGGCCCGGCCAAGUCUGAGGCUGGAGAAAAGCCACAGCCAGCCAAGCCAGCAUUAGGCCUGGUCGGAUAUGGAUCUGACUCUGACUCGGAAUGA